CAAGAGUAUUGAAUGAGCCUGUUCAGUACAAUAUCAAAGUUGAAGAUCUUACCCAAGGAAAAGAAAAUUUUGAAGAAAAUCUCGGAAAAAACAUGAACCCAGAUCAAAUUGGGCACUGGUAGCUACCAACAUUCCACCAAACACCUCCACGACCAUCUUCAACCUAUUCAAGUUUUACCGUUCUUUUUUGUCAAAUUUGAGUAGGGUCAAGUUGGCUGUACCUUAAUUGGUUCACAUUCCUUUACAAAAACCCAUUAUCAGAUUAGCAAAAUACAAAUCCCCCUCUCUCUAUCUCUCUCUCUCUCUCUCUUUCUCUCUCUAACAGAGUUACAAAUGUAUGGUGAAGUUUCGUAUGGGUGUUUGAUGUUCUGAGCUUAAUUGAUGAUUCUUGAAGUUCUGUGGUAUUCUAAAGUAAUUUUGAGUACCCUUUACGGAAAGGGAUCUGGGUGUCCUUGAAGAUCUUGUUAUCAUUGGAUUUAGGACUAAAGAGAUCUAAAGGGUAUAAAACCCUAAUCUGGGUUUCUGUGUUUUUGACUAUUGCUUAGAUUUGGAGUCCAAAGGGUACUCAAGAAUCACUUCUAGUUCUAGUUUUGGGUGGUGGGGUUUGUUAUUUGAUUUAUGGUUAAGUCACCAGCAAGGAAAAUGGUAUCAGGAAAUGGGCUAUUUUACCCAACAAUUGGCUUUGCUUCAUGUCUUGCUUUCAUUUACCUGUCUUUUGGGGACUUGUGGGUCAAUUUUGAUGAGCAACCAAAGAUGGGUUUUGUGGAGAGGAAUGGGACUCAGUUCAUGGUGGAUGGUAGAGCCUUCUACAUUAAUGGGUGGAAUUCUUACUGGCUGAUGGACCAAGCUGUGGAGGGUUACAGCAGACCCAGGGUCAGAGCAAUGCUGCAAGCCGGUGCGAAGAUGGGGCUCACCGUUUGUCGAACUUGGGCCUUCAAUGAUGGUGCCUAUCAUGCCCUUCAGAUUUCGCCUGGUAGAUUUGAUGAGCAAGUAUUCAAGGCACUGGAUCAUGUCAUUGCAGAAGCUAGACAACAGGGAAUCAGGCUGCUACUGAGCUUGGUUAAUAACUUGCAAGCAUAUGGUGGAAAGACUCAGUAUGUCAAGUGGGCAUGGCAAGAGGGCAUCGGUUUAAGCUCUUCUAAUGAUUCAUUCUUCUAUGAUCCAUCCAUCCGUCUUUAUUUCAAGAGUUAUCUCAAGACUGUGCUGACAAGGAAGAAUACUAUCACUGGAAUUGAAUAUAGGAAUGAUCCAACCAUCUUUGCAUGGGAGCUAAUUAACGAGCCCCGCUGCAUUACUGAUCCUUCUGGCGAUACUCUCCAAGAAUGGAUAGAAGAAAUGUCAACUUUCGUGAAAUCAAUUGACAAGAACCAUUUACUGACUUUGGGCCUAGAAGGAUUUUAUGGCCCUAAAAAUCCCAAAAGGUUGACAGUCAACCCCCCAGAAGAGUGGGCAUCCAGACUUGGAUCUGAUUUUAUUCGCAACAAUGAGAUCUCAACCAUUGAUUUUGCCUCAAUUCAUAUAUAUCCUGAUCAGUGGUUAAAGGCGCAAAAACUUAAUGUUAAGCUGAAAUAUAUCUCCAAAUGGAUGGCUUCACACAUUGAAGAUGGUGACCAGAAACUGAAGAAACCUGUCAUGUUUACUGAAUUCGGAUUGUCAAACCUGAACAAGGAUUUUGAGCCUUCUCAGCGGGACAGGUUAUACAAAACUGUUUUUGACGCCGUAUACAAAUCUGCAAAGAAAAAGGGGUCUGGGGCUGGAUCUUUCGUCUGGCAGUUCUUGAUUGAGGGAAUGGAAGAGUAUAACGAUGAUUUUGGGGUCGUCCCAUGGGAAAGGCCAUCAACAUAUCAAUUGAUUACAGGACAUUCAUGUAGGAUAGCAGCAAUUCAGGGUGCUUUGGUUUCACAGAAGACACACUUGAAAAAACUGUGUUUGCGAAGGCGGUGAAAAUCUUAUUCUUCCGGUGGAGAAACGAAUUUCUUUGUGCGGGGAAAUUUGGUUUUCUUGAAGUACUUUCUGAAGGUUGUUGAAUGCAGGGAAUUAGUUCUGUACCAUGUUCGUUCAUAGCUAGUUAAUACACCUCAAACUUUAUGGAACAGAAAUUCAAAAAAAAAAAAGGCACAAAUUUUCAUAAAUUGUUCUGAAAUGUAGUGUUUUGGAGAUUGUCAAUAGAUUUAUUAAGGAUCAACUCCUAAAAGAAGCGUGAAUUAGAGUGAUAGAUAUGUUAGGCCAUGGCUGAAUUGUACCAUUUGCAAGACGAUUUCAGUUAGUUAUAGAAUUUGAAGUUUGAAGAACAUUGAAAGCCUUUUUACUGCCUCAUGCCCAUUAGGAGGACUUCAUAUGGUGUGUUAAUGUUUCAUUUUAUCCUCUGUCAUAGCCAUUAUUAAUUUAUUUUCGACAUAGUUGUAUGAUAAUCUCUCGAUAUUAUUAUUUCUAGUAUUUUCCUGUUCA